CAAGAUUAUAGAUAAUAUCUUGAUUCUUGUUUAGGUUUCAGUUUUUAAUUAAUAGAACACUGAUCAACUGCGGAUUUCAGACAAAUUUAGUCUUUGGAAUUUGAAUUAAUUUAAUGUUGAUUGCCUUAUUUCGAUUUGUCGACUUUUGCUUCAAUUAGAAAUUUUGCAAAUUUCAGUGACUAAAUAAUUAAAAAUGCUUUCUACAAACUUGUAUAAUAACAUUGACCUAUCGAGAAAACGUGAACAACAAAUCGAUACGUUAAAAGUAUUUAAUGAAAAUGUUACAGAAAUUAGUUUCAAUAAAGAAUAUUCAGUUGAAUUUCCUACUAAAGUUGGGAAUUUGAGCCUGGUUAUUGAUUUAGGUCCAAAAUUUCCUAUCGAGAAACCCACUAUGAAAAUAUGCCCUAGAAUUAUCCAUAAAUGGGUGGAUGCUACUGGCCAAAUAGUGCUAGCUCCUGGAUUGAUGAAUUAUACUAUUCACUCUGAUUUGGGAAGAGUAGUGCAAGUCAUAAGAAGAGAGUUUGAAUUAGACCAAUCACUUAUUCUUGCAAGUGGUGGUUCUAACAGUUUUUCAGGAAAGACCGCCAAAGGUUGUAUAAAAAAUACAAACACCUCUCUCACUAAUGACGUAGAAUUUUUUAGUCUUGCCAAACUAACGUCAACUGAAUUACUACAUUUGAAUAAUAAUGUUGACUGCUUAGAUGAAUUCAUUUCAGAAUUACCAUCAAUAGAAGCAUCUAAUAAAAAUAUUGAAAAUACCAUCACUAAAAUAAUGGACUUAGCAAACUCAAACAUGUCUAAGGAAGAACCAAUAUGUAAUUUAAGAUCAGAAAUAUCAAAACAAUUAGAAACAAUAGAAACUUAUCAAAAAUCAUAUGCUGGACUUUCAGCAAAGUAUGUUAAGUUAUCAGAGAAAUAUUCUCCACAAUCAAUCUCGGAUAAUUUAAAAAAAGCUGCUAUCAAAUGUGAUGAGGAAAGUGAACGAAUAGCAGAACAGUUUUUAAAUGGUGAUAUAGAUUGUGAUAAAUUCCUUCAAGUGUAUGUGAAAUCAAGAACUAUGUCAUAUACAAGGAAGGCGAAAGAAGAUAGACUGAAUUAUCAGUUAAAACAACUAAAAGAGGCUGGAUUUUAAAUAUUGUUAUUUUUGUUUGCAUUUAGUGCAAUAUCAAAUUUGGUUAAUCCAAUUUUGUAUAUACUUUAUCUUGAUGAUACCAUUCUAUGUUAUGUUGAAGCCUUAAAAGGCUCAAUAUUUAUAAGAUCAUUAUGUGAUUUGAAUUGUUUUUUUAAAAGCU